GCUCAUUGUCAGCUUUCUUUAGGGGAAGCUUGUAUUGGCUAAAAACAUACACAGAUGGAUAACAUGGAUGAGCUCCACUGACGAUGAAACGAUUGGGAAGUAACUAAAAAACUGGGAACUCGCAGUAAUUCUGAGUGAUUCCCAUUUGAAGAUGCUGCGAUCAGCUCUUAGAACGUUAAAGAAUUCCAUAAGAAGCACACCCCGAUGCGCUGGAUCAAAGUUUUUAUAUACUCUUUCCGAUAAAAUCCCGAAAGAAACAGUAGAUUGUGUUGUGAUUGGAGCAGGGGUGGUUGGGAUUGCUGUGGCGAGAGAGCUUGCAUUGAAGGGUAGAGAAGUUUUGGUCAUCGAAUCUGCUUCCACUUUCGGUACUGGAACCAGUUCUCGCAACAGCGAAGUCAUCCAUGCUGGAAUUUAUUACCCUCCCAACUCGCUCAAGGCAACUUUUUGUGUAAGAGGAAAGGAAUUACUUUAUAAGUAUUGCUCUGAUCAUGGGGUUCCUCAUAAACGAAUUGGCAAAUUAAUAGUUGCCACAGGAUCUUCAGAGAUUCCCAAGUUGAAUGAUAUAUUGUGUCGUGGAAUAGAAAAUGGAGUCAAUGAUCUAAGGAUGAUGGAGGGCUUUGAAGCUAAGCGGAUGGAACCAGAACUCCAGUGUAUGAAGGCUUUGUUCUCACCAUCUACUGGGAUAGUUGAUUCUCAUUCCCUCAUGCUGUCCUUGAUGGGAGAAGCUGAGAAUCAUAGAACAACCUUCUCCUAUGACACUAUUGUAACUGGGGGCCACCUUGAAGGAAAUCAAAUUCACCUCUACAUUGCCGAAAACAAGGAUUUUCAGAAGUGCAUUGAGAAAUUUCCAACGCAACCAGCGCUUGUCUUGAUCCCCAAGCUUGUAGUGAACUCUGGAGGUUUAAGUGCUUCAUCCAUUGCAAAAAGAUUCAUUGGCCUUGCGAGUGGAGUUAUUCCUGCCAAUUAUUAUGCUCGUGGUUGCUACUUCACACUUUCGAACACUCGGGUUUCUCCUUUUAAACAUUUGAUUUAUCCUAUUCCUGAGGAUGGUGGUUUUGGAGUGCAUGUUACAUUGGAUAUGGAUGGCCAUGUCAAAUUUGGCCCAGAUGUUGAAUGGAUUAAUGGUGUAGAUGACAUAUCCAGCUUCUUGAACAAGUUUGACUAUUCUGUCUCUGCUGAUCGAGCCCAGAGUUUUUACCCAAAAAUAAGAAGAUACUACCCUAAUCUGAAGGAUGGAUCUCUGGAGCCAGGAUAUGCAGGGAUCCGACCAAAGCUUACUGGUCCUAGACAGUCUCCGGCUGAUUUUGUUGUACAGGGGGAGGACAUUCAUGGGCUACCUGGUCUUGUAAACCUCUUUGGCAUAGAGUCACCAGGCCUAACUUCGAGUCUGGCAAUUGCAGAAUACAUUGCUGCACACUUCUUGAAAUGAUAUUUUUACAGAGCAAAUUUUUGUACUUAUAUAUUAUUUCCAUAAGUUAAAUUGUACAUUAUUUGU